CCCUCGCGCCGGACUCACCAGCGACCGGCGAAGGCUUGCGCAGCACCGCCCACCGCGUCUUCCACUGUGGAGAAAGAGAGAGAGAGAGGCAUUGGAGGGGGCAAAGGGAAAGUGAGGGGGGAAGAGAGGGAGAAAAGACCCUCCUGCCCCGUCCCCGGGAAAGCAUCCUAUGAAACAUUUAUACUGGAUUACAUAGACUUCGUGUUCCAUCCAAUGCCAGGAUGCAGAGGCCAGGAGAGAAAGUGAAAUGCCGGAUGCGUACGCAAGGCUCCAGCAUAAGAAAUGUUGAAGUUGCAAGAGGGAGAGCAGGAUAUGGCUUUACAAUUUCUGGACAAGCUCCCUGUAUUCUUAGCUGUGUUUUAAAAGGAAGUCCUGCUGAUUUUGUGGGACUUAAAGCAGGAGAUAAAAUAUUUGCAAUAAAUGAUAUUAACGUGAAGAAGGCGUCCCAUGAAGAUGUGGUGAAGUUAAUAGGCAAAUGCUCUGGGGUUUUACACAUGGUCAUUGCUGAAGGGGCUGGCCACAUGGACUUUUGUUCAAGUGAUGAAGAAGUUGAAUUUUACGAUGGAAAACGGUUACUUAAACCAAAGCUUGACUCAAAAGGAUUGGGUAUAAAUAGAGCAGAGAAAGUUGUCGAGGAAAUGCAGUCUGGUGGGAUUUUCAGCAUGAUCUUUGAAAAAUCUAAUAUUUGUGCAGAUAAUUUGCAGACCUCAAUAAGAAAGCAGGUGCCAGUGAAUGAAAUAGCAGUGGAUCAAUUAGAAACAGAACCUGAACAUAUAAUCAACAACCUGAAUGAUUUCUAUCAUGAGGAAUUGCCCAAAGCUUUGCAUCAUGAUUCAGAUUUUAGAAAUGGACUGGAAAACCAGGAAUAUUUUGGACUAGAUGCAAGCAUUUUAAAUGUGGCCAUGGUUGUAGGUUACCUCGGAUCAAUUGAACUUCCUUAUUCAAGUUCAAAUUUGGAAUAUGAUAGUUUGCAAGCUAUUCGUGGAUGUAUGCGACGUCUUCGGGCAGAACAAAAAAUUCAUUUGUUGGUAGUGAUGAAGAUUAUGCAUGACUGUAUUCAACUUUGUAAUAACAAAUCUAGUGUGAUUGCAGAGUACCCUGCAGAGAAGCUAGCAUUUAGUGCUACAUGCCCUGAUGAUAGAAGGUUUUUUGGACUUGUCACUAUGCAGACUAUUGAUGAUGCAAGUUUGGCUCAGGAGGAGGAAACUGUUUUGAGAACAUCAUGUCAUGUAUUUAUGGUGGAUCCAGAACUAUUUCAACAUAAAAUUCACCAGGGCAUCGCACGACGUUUCAGAUUGGAAUGCACAGCAGAUCCAGACACAAAUGGUUGCCUCGAAUUUCCAAUGUCAUCCCUACCUGUCCUUCAGUUUGUCUCUGUAUUGUACAGGGAUAUGGGAGAAUUCAUAGAGGGAGUGCGGGCAAGAGCUUUUUUGGAUGGCGAUGGAGAUGUUCAUCAAAAUAACAGUAUGAGCAGCAAUAGUGACAGUGGUAUUGGAAAUUUUAACCAAGAAGAGAAAAGUAAUAGAGUUUUGGUAGUUGAGCUUGGAGCUAACUCAAGCAAAUAUGUUCCUAGUAGUCUGCAGGACAGUCCAGUAGAUAGAGGUCAAGCGGUUUUGUCCUGGAAUGUUGAUCAUGAACAAGAAGGAAAUUCCGCAUUUGAAGCAAUGUUACAGAAUGAUAAAUCUCAACAUCUAAGUAAAUUCCUAGCUUCUUCAACUCACAUUGAAGUUCCAUUAAUUUCUUCCAAAAGCUCAGUUACACCAUGUAAGAAGAAUUCUGUGGAUAUUUCCACUCAAAGAUAUUUGCCAGUUCAUGUAUUAAAAGAUUGGCAGCAUGGAUGUGUAAGUGACCAAGAGUCGUACACAGAUUCUACAGAUGGCUGGUCAAGUGUUAAUUGUGGAACUCUUCCCCCUCCAAUGAGUAAGAUUCCUGCAGACAGAUACAGAGUUAAUGGUGGCUUUGGUCAGCCUCAUCUAACAUCACAAAAGAAUAAAUUCUCUAAAAAAGAGUUUCAUAUGCAAAACAUGUUUGAAUCUCAGAGUGGUGGCAAAAAGGCCAGAGAAGAUAAAAAGUGGAUGAAGUUUGGAGCUACUUCUGGAUUAGUACAAUUUACUCAACGUUCUGCUCGAAGAUCAUUUGGACGACAGAAGAGAUUCAGCAUUACUCGUUCGCUUGAUAAUCUUGAGUCUGCUGCUGUGUCUGAUGGAGAGCUAAAUACCACAGAUUUGAAGGACUGUGUUAGUGAUAAUAGCCUCAGCAGCAAUGCCAGCCUCCCGAGUGUUCAGAGCUGCCGCCGGCAUCGUGAAAGAAGAGUUGCAAGCUGGGCUGUUUCGUUUGAACGACUUCUUCAGGAUCCGAUUGGGGUUCGAUAUUUCUCUGAGUUUCUACGAAAGGAGUUUAGUGAAGAAAAUAUUUUAUUUUGGCAAGCUUGUGAAUAUUUUCACCACAUAUCUGCCCAUGACAAAAAAGAGCUUUCUUUCAGAGCUCGGGAGAUUUUUAAUAAGUUUUUGUGUAGCAAAGCAACAACCCCCGUUAAUAUUGAUAGUCAGGCACAGCUGGCAGAUGAUGUUCUCAAUGCACCACACCCGGAUAUGUUUAAAGAUCAACAGCUUCAGAUUUUCAACUUGAUGAAGUUCGACAGCUAUACACGUUUUCUGAAAUCUCCAGUAUACCAAGAAUGUAUUUUAGCAGAAGUUGAAGGUCGUCCUGUACCUGAUCCACAAUUUGUUUCCAGUAGCCCUACUUCUAAACACAGUCUGGGUUCUGAGUGGUCUACAUCUUCAACACCAAAAAAGUUGGGUGGAAAAUCCAAGUCUGGCCGAUCUUUAAAUGAAGAAUCUGGAGAGGAAGACUCGGAGAGAAAGAAAAAAGGAGCCUUCUUUUCCUGGUCCAGAAGCAAGAGUUUGGGGAGAUCACAGAAAAAAAAGGAGAAUGGUGGUUGUCCUACUGAUUCUGCUCAGCCCAAUGGAUUAUCCUACAGACAUGAAUCUCAAGACUCUUUGUCAUCAGCUGCAAGUCUAGAAAUGAUUGACUCUUUCAGGACACCUGGAUCUGCAACUGGAAAAGGAAAAUCUUCCAAAUGCUGCAAUGUUAACCUUCCAGAUGGCUCAUCCUAUAUGAUGACCGUUAAAGCAGGAGUGUCAAUCAAGGAAAUGUUAUCUGGCUUCUGUGAGAAACAAGGCAUUAACAUAGCAGCAGUUGACCUAUUUUUGGUUGGCGGAGAUAAGCCUCUUGUAUUGCAUCAAGACAGCAGUAUUUUGGAAUCUCGAGCUCUUCGUUUAGAAAAAAGAACAUUAUUUCGGCUUGAUCUCAUUCCGAUCAAUAGAUCUGUUGGCUUAAAGGCUAAACCUACCAAACCAGUAACAGAAGUCCUACGACCAGUGGUUGCAAAAUACGGCUUAAAUCUUAAUAAUCUUGUGGCAAGGCUAAAUGGCGAGCAGGAACCAUUAGACCUUGGUGUUCCCAUCUCCAAUCUUGAUGGACAGCGAGUUAUUCUAGAUGAAAGACUACCCAAAAAGGGGAAAGAGGUGGGCAAAAUAUGGUCUCAACUCCCAGCAUUCUUCACCACUGAUAAUGACCAAGGAAAGGGUACAUCUUUAAAACACAGUGCAGCUAUAACUUCUAAUGCAGGAAAUCAAGCACCCACAGGAGAGGGAAGAGCUCUAGGAAAGUCUAAUUCUAUUAAAGUAAAAGGAGAAAGUGGAAAAAGCUCUAGGGAUGUCCGUCUAGCAAAAAGAGAAGACAAUAUUGCACAGACUGGGGGAAAAAUGUGUCAGAAAAUUAAUUUGGACGAAGCAGAGGAAUUCUUUGACCUCAUCUCCAAAGUACAAAGUAACAGAGCAGAUGACCAGCGGGGGCUGUUGAGAAGAGAAGACCUGGUUUUACCUGAAUUUCUUCAUUUGCCUUCUUCUGGAGCAGACCCUUCUUCGUUUAUACCUGAAGGAACUAAAGGCUUCAGCAAAAGAAGUGAACUUCCUGAAGUUAGGGACAGGUACACACAGCUUGGUGGAAAAACAGGCUUCAUGAAAAACUGUAGCGAAGGCUCAGCCGCAAAAAUUAAUCUUUCAGAAAGUAAACAGAAGCCAGCUGUGCUAGCAAAAUCGCUCAGCCAGAAGACUUUCAGCGCACCUUUCAGUCCGCCUUUGUCUCCAGUUCUGCCAUUACAGGAUGCCCCCAUAUGGAAAAGGCAGUCUAAAGAACUGCAGAAAGAAUGUGUAGAAACUGUUGAGGAUGAGAACGUAGCGGACUUGACACUGGUAGCUGAGGGGGACAUUAACAGCCCGAAUAGUACAUUACUGCCACCUUCAUCACCAUCACCAACAUCAUCAUCACCCACUUCAGACAAAAGCACUCUUGCAGAAGCCAGGUAUCCACCUCCAGUUUUACUGACAGAUAAUCAGAAAAAAACUACUUAUGAGAAAUGCAAAACAGGUGUCAUCCCUAAACAGAAAAGAGAUGUGCAAGUAAGUGGAGAAAACGUUUAUGAGGAAAGCUCUAAAAACAAGGGUAGUGACUUCAAUCCUGGUGGAGUUAGGAAGAAAUUUUUCAGAAAUGUAAACCACAUAAUAGAUGUGGAUGAUGUUGGGAGAGAAGAUGGCCUGGGACGGACUUGUAAUGAAUCCAAAGACAAUCUCGGCUUUGAAGGAUGCAUCGCAGAGCUGAAAUCUUCCCAGGGGAGAUUGCGGACAGGAGUUUGCAGGACAGCGGAUCUUCCGUCUCUCACUGGUGUUAAGAGUGAGAAGAAAAAGGAUGAUGACAACCAAUGUAAAGCAACGUUUGUUUGAAGUUCCUCUGUGGCUGAUUCCAGCAGUUUUCUUUUCCUCUGAUAUGUAAUAAACACUGGAGCGCUUGCCACAUCCAUUCCUUCAAGCAGCUUCAGUCCAAGGCUGGAUGGAGGCCUCAGCAUUUGGCUUAUUUGAAAUUAUUGAAGGGAAAAUUACAAAAUGUAUCUGACAUGAUUUGCACGUCUCACAUUUUUAUAGUUGGUGACCUAACUAUAAACUCUCUCUGGCCACAACAGCAAAACAAUUGUAGUUGUUUCCUCCAUAGCAGACUUCUAUCAAGAAACCAAGUGUCAUUGUGGGGGCCAAUACAACGCGUAACACAAAACCCUACUACGAGUAGUCAAACCAUAAUCUAGUUGCAAUGGCCAAAUCUCUACUGUAGUUUUGAAAUUGCACUCACAUUUCAGACAUUACCAUGUGGCCUGUCCUGAAGACCUUUCUGUCGUGCCUCAAUCAUUGCUACUCUGAUUUGCAGUUUCUUGUUAACAUCCUGAAUUUUUGUUUACUAUAACAUACACCUUCAAGAAGAAUCAUACAAAGCUAUUUUGUAACCGUUUCGUGGAGCCUAAUAAAAGUAUUAUCCAAUUGA